GUCUGGCAGGGGAAAAAAGAAAGCAACUGAAGAAUGAGAAACCAUACAGAAAUAACAGAGUUUAUUCUUCUGGGAUUGACAGAUGACCCAAAGUUUCAGGUUGUAAUCUUUGUCUUCCUGCUCAUCACCUAUGUGCUCAGCAUCACUGGGAACCUGACCAUUAUCACCCUCACCCUGCUGGAUUCCCACCUGCAGACCCCCAUGUAUUUCUUCCUCAGAAAUUUCUCCAUAUUAGAAAUUUCAUUCACAACCGUCAGUAUACCCAAGUUUCUGGGUAACAUUAUUUCAGGAGAUAAAACCAUUUCCUUUAAUAAUUGCAUAGUUCAGUUAUUUUUUUUCAUUCUCUUGGGAGUCACAGAGUUUUACCUUCUGGCUGCCAUGUCCUAUGACCGCUAUGUGGCCAUCUGCAAGCCUCUGCAUUACUUGAAUAUCAUGAAUCGAAGAGUCUGCACACUGCUUGUUUUUACUUCUUGGCUGAUUUCAUUCUUAAUCAUAUUCCCUGCACUCAUGUUGCUCUUAAAGCUUGAUUACUGUAGGUCUAAUAUUAUUGACCAUUUUACCUGUGAUUAUUUUCCUCUGCUGCAACUUGCUUGUUCAGACACAAAAUUCUUAGAGGUGAUGGGAUUUUCUUGUGCUGUGUUUACUCUAAUGUUCACUUUGGCAUUAAUAUUUCUGUCCUACAUAUACAUUAUCAGAACAAUUUUGAGAAUUCCUUCUACAAGUCAGAGGACAAAGGCCUUUUCCACAUGUUCUUCCCACAUGGUUGUUAUCUCCAUCUCUUAUGGCAGCUGCAUUUUUAUGUACAUUAAACCCUCAGCAAAAGAUAGAGUGUCCUUGAGCAAGGGAGUGGCAAUACUAAACACCUCAGUAGCCCCCAUGAUGAACCCCUUUAUUUACAGCCUAAGAAAUCAGCAAGUCAAGCAAGCUUUCAUUAACGUGGCAAGGAAGACUGUAUUUUUCACAAGCACACGAAAUGGUAUGCUGUGAUGAAUUAGAGGCACAGGAAAGGACAAUAUGAAUUUUCAGUAGCUUCUUCAAUCAAAAUGGCCUCC